UACCGCUACCUCGUCGUCGUCGACUUCGAGUGCACGUGCGUCGCCGACACGACGUACCAGAAGAAGACGCCCUUUUCGCACGAGAUCAUCGAGUUCCCCGCCGUCGUCGUGGACCUGACGCUCGGCGAAUCCCAGGACGUCUUCGCCCGGCCGACGUUCCAGCGCUUCGUGCGACCGACGGAACGGCCGCGGCUCAGCGACUUUUGCACGAAACUCACGGGCAUUUCUCAGGAAACCGUCGACGCCGCGGAGCCGCUCGCGGACGUGCUGGCGGCCUUCCGCGCGUGGCUCGAAGAACAAAACCUCGCGCCCGGCACCUACGCCAUGGCCGCCGACGGGCCCUGGGACCUGCGGAAGUUCCUGCUGGGCGAGUGCGCGCGGAAGCAUCUCGCGGCGGAUCCGCGCUGGCGGACCUGGGUCGACGUGUCGCUGCACCUGCGCAAGCACUACGACGUCAAGCGGCCGGGCAACCUGGAGAACAAGCUCGCGCUCCUGGGCCUGGCCUUCGAGGGCCGGCCGCACAGCGGCCUCGACGACGCGCGGAACAUCGCGCGCCUCGCGCUCCGCCUGCGCCGCGACGGC